AUGGAGGGCUAUCCUCAUAGGAGCGGAUAUAUGUUCCAAGACUGGCAACCAAACCUGCAGUUGGCUCCUCUCGACGCAAAUAACGACCUUUAUCCUUUCGGGAGAUCUGGGGAAGGAAUUGAACUGAGAUCUGCUGGCCAGCCUCGCCCUCCGAGGCCGCCUUUCGCCAACCCGUCGGUCCAUCUUGGGGCUCACAACGGUAGCUUUGCUCUACCGACUUCCAACGAGUUUCACUAUAGCAACCCGGCUCGCCUACCCAUGCAACCCGCAGAAGGCGUUGUGCUUCACUCAUUUCACCCAUACAACACCUACGCUGCCCCAAUCAGAGAGGCCGGCCGCGUGCCAAGGAUGCAAAAUCCGCAGAUGAGUCGAAACCACCACAAUGAGGACCACCUCAUAGGUCCACGCAGACAACACGUCGCCACGCGAUCAGCUCCUCCGCACAGCAAACCGGCUCCUGAUCCUACGAGCAGGCCUUUGCAUCGUGGUGAGCUUGUCCUACCGGUGGGGACCUCAACCUCACCAAGCGAGAGUUUGAUGUCGAGUUCAACAAGUUCUGGGGAGAAAAAGGGGUGGAAAUGCUAUUCUUGCAUUUUCCACGCCAAGGGCUGUGUGGUGGUACUUGACUCAAAUUGGAGGCCUCACUGUCGGAGAUGCGCUAGUAACAGGAGCGGUAUUAGAUAUCCCUGCGCCGAGUACAAGCGCUUGACUGAGGCGAUAUUCUACCGACAAACCACUGAUCCAUUGGCCGAGAAGCCUUACCAUAAACUUGGUCUUUCGCACCUCUAUCUGAAUCGGGUCCGCGUGAAGGGAAGCGCAGAGACGGUACGCUUCUCGAUUUGCCAGCUCGAGCAUGUUCAUUUGGAGCUCAAAUGCAAGCCCUUCGACUUGAUAGAGCACGACAUCCCCGACAAAGAAAAGUAUCUGUACAGUCAUCAGUUUAUGUUGCUGCCAAAGGCAGAGGUUGACAUCCUGUCAUUUGCCAAAAACAGCGCAAAACAAUAUCUGAUUGCGGUAGGCAAUAAGCACCUGUCUGUGGUCACACGAAAUUUCUUCUCCUUUGCUAUUAAGUGGCAAAUGAGCGAACAUGGGGUCCUGCACAGGGCUCUCUUGAACCAUACUCUGACGUUUUGGACAAUGGCUCGUUUUCUCGAAGGUGGUUGGAACUUGUCAUCCGGGAAGGCGGCACUCGGCUUCAACGAGACACCUGAAAGAGUCUCGUUCACAAAUGCGUGCAUGCUGGAUUACCAGUUCUCGGGUCUUGUCGCCUCAAGUCUAAGCCAGCUACAGUCCAAGAUCACGGACGGCUUACAGGAGUUGUACGACAGCGGAAAGCCGCAUCACAUGCUGCCCUUCUUGGUGAAUGCUUUCUUCAUGUUGGAGAGUCUUUCCAUGCUUGCCAACCAGCAAAGACGCUUCGCAAAGGCCAAAAACCAGACAUCCUUCACCAAUCCGAUCCUCAUGGAAGAGAUGUUUCAGACGGCCGCAAGCGUGAUAGCGCACUAUCAGAGGAUUCAGCUCCCGUGCAACCCAUUCAUGAUGGACUGGAAGGACGGCGACGACAACGUCCAGAAGCUAGAGAAAGCUACGCGCUAUCCCACCUCGACCAUGGACCUGUUGCGAGACUUCAAGAAGACCUUGACGCAUGAAGAUAUGGAGGCAUACGGUGCCUAUGAUCUACAAGACCAUGAGAAAAUGGACGAGCCAAACUUCUUCACAGGCAAAUUGCUUUGGUGUGGCCACCGAAAAUGCAUCAAAGAAGGUUGAAGAGAUCUCUGUUCAGUGCCUAAGGGUUCAGGGGAUCCUCUCGUUAUAUAGCUGUCUAGGUGGCUGGGAAUGCCUAUUGUUUGACAAAAUGAGCCCAAGCUCUUGGGUUGGUUGAAAUCCAGCGUGCGUCCACACGGUUGUGACGACUUAGGAUGGAAUCGGUGAACAGG